CCCGCCACUCCCGCCGCGCGGCCGGGCCGGCUCCCCCCUCCUCUCCCCUGCGCCGGAGCGGGCAGCCGCCCCUUCAGGGCCGGCGAGAGAAGCUCUGUGACCGCCGACUUUAAGGUGUCACAGCAGGUGUCGGCGACAGGCGGCUGGCCCCCUCUGCCAGGCGCGCUCACCCGCCGCCAUCUGCCGGGCCUGACCUGGUGCUGCUGAUCCGGAAGGAAGCCCUCCGCCCAGCUCGCCCAACUCAAGAAUUCGUGGUGCCACUGCUCUUCCUGGUGAGGAAGAAGAGUUUGUGCACGUGGUGAUUCUUGCACAGUGGAAAGGGCAGGGGUCCUCAGGCCAAAAGCAGAGGAGCUACUUGUCCCAGGCCGUGGCAGGAUGGGCCCUAGAAGCAGAUGGAGCCCCUGGUGUCUGCUGGCCCCCUCCCAUGGGUCCUGCCUCUUCCUCCUCUUCUGCCUGCACUUGAGUGCUUCCUGCCCACAAGCCUGCCAGUGCCCUGACCAUGCAGGGGCUGUGGCUGUCCACUGCAGUGCCAGGGGCCUGCAGGAGAUCCCCAGGGACAUCCCAACUGAGGCCGUGCUCCUGAAGCUGGAUGCCAACAAAAUCUCGCGAAUCCCCAACGGAGCCUUCCAGCACUUGCAGCAGCUGAGAGAGCUGGACCUGUCCCACAAUGCCAUCGAGACCAUCGGCCCCACGGCUUUCUCUGGCCUGGCUGGGGGCCUGCGGCUGCUGGACCUGUCCCACAAUGGCAUCCGGAGGAUUCCGAAGGAUGCCCUGGGCAAGCUGAGCGCCAAGAUCCGCCUGUCUCACAACCCACUGCACUGUGAGUGUGCUCUGCAGGAGGCCCUGUGGGAGCUGAAGCUGGACCCCGACUCAGUGGAUGAGAUCGCCUGCCACACCUCCGCUCAGGAGGAGUUCGUGGGGAAGCCUCUGAUCCAGGUACUGGACUCGGGCGUCAGCUUCUGCAGCACCCACCACAAGACCACCGACGUGGCCAUGCUGGUCACCAUGUUUGGCUGGUUUGCCAUGGUGAUCACGUACAUUGUGUACUACGUGCGUCACAACCAGGAGGACGCCCGGAGGCACCUCGAGUACCUCAAGUCCCUGCCCAGUGCCCCCGUCUCCAAGGACCCUGUCAGCUCUGCCCCCUAGCGCCCACCCUAGGCAGGCCCACCCUCAGUGGCUUUUGUAGCAGGUGGAGACCACGUGUGCUUCUGGUGUCCCCAGUGAGGUGGUGUCAUGGCACUCGCGUAUAGUGCAUCCGUCUGGAGACAGCAUCUGUGUGUACCUGUCAUCGCAGAGCCUUGCGUCAGCAGUGGACCACUUGAUGGCAAGGACACUGAGGUUUGGGGUGAAUGACUUCCUGUGACCACACGGCCAGGCUUGCUCCCUUGGGACCCGAGCCCCAGCUGCCCGAGGUGACAUUCCACAUUCCUUCCACUCCGCCAGCCUUUCUCACGUGGGCUGCAGGAUGCACCCGUGGGCCCACAGGGGAGGGCGGGUUCUGGCUGGGAGGGGGUGCAGUUCAGCUCUCGAGGGUACCAGGGCACCCAGGUCUCCACUGCCCGGCCAGUUGCCUCAGUUGAACUAGGGCCCUGGGCACAUUCCAGCCGAGCCCCGUCCUGGAGGCCAGGGUGUUCUAGGCAGGUCAGUGGGAUGCACAGUUCACACUAACUUGUUCUCAGAGGGUCGGAGAACUCUUGUGCCAGAAUUCCCACCCAUCCAGAGGGGCAGACACAGAGGGAAACCUGAGAAAGGCCCAGCCUAGAUUCUCAAGGGGCAGCCAACCAAUACGGCCUACCCUGCUUCCUGCCUCUCCACCUGUGCCGGGUUGGCAGGGGCCUGUCAACUCAGGUCACUACUGUGCCUUGCUUUUCUAGUCACUGAUAUCUAAACAGUCUUUUCCAGGGACAGCAGAGGGAAGUUUUGUGUUGGAGGCCCGUCAGUGGGACACUUCUUUUUCCCUGAAAUGGGAACUUUCUCUUAUCAACUUUGCUGCCAGGAGUCUUAAAGCUCAGUGAUUGCUCAGUUUUCUUACUGACACUGUUUCAUGUUCAGGGUCCAUGUUUCCUCCACCUGAUUACAGUUUUACUUUUUAUUGCC